AUGAGCUCGCCAAUUAUUAGAGUUCACUGGUUGAACGAAUCCAGAGCCUUCAAAGUCUUAUGGCUUCUAGAGUAUUUGAAGCUCGACUACGAAAUUAUUCCCUAUAUGAGGGACGAAGGCCGUCGGGCACCUGAGAGCCUAAAGAAGAUACAUCCCUUGGGUAGAUCGCCAGUUGUGGAAGUAGAAGACAGGGCCACGGGCAAAAAGAAGGUGCUAGCCGAGUCGGGGUACAUUUUUCAGUACGUGUUGCAGCAUUUUGAUCCAAAAGGUUCGCUAAACAACGCUGACCCGGACAAAGCCGAGGAAAUCCAGUAUUACUUGCACUACGCAGAAGGGUCGAUGAUGCCUCCUUUUUUCAUUGAAUACCUCUUGUCUAUGGUAAGAAAUGCCACUCCGUUCCCUUUGUCGUAUCUAACUGGCAAAGUCGCCGAUAAGAUUAGCGAAAGGUAUUCUCGCGGUGAAACGAAGAACCAAUUAGAUUUCCUUGAGGGCCAACUUUCGAAAAAUCAGGGCUACCUGGUUGGCGGCAAGCUUAGCGCCGCCGACAUAUUGAUAUGCCUCCCCUUGCAGAUGGCUUUUUCGCGGAAGACAGCUGACGCCAAAGACUAUCCGCACAUCGACAAAUGGUUGAACACAGUGACUUCUGAUGCCGCUUACAAGGUCGCUAAAGAAAAGGCUCAGGCAAACGGGGGUAAAUUUUAG